AUGAUGCGCAUUUCAUCUCUCGUCUUGCUCGCUGUCACAAGCGUCGGCCUCGCCAAUGCGCAGGGCUCUCUCACGAGUUGGCACCCAGCUGGUCCCGGAGAGUCGCGAGGCCCUUGCCCCAUGCUCAACACACUGGCGAACCACGGCUUCCUUCCUCGCGAAGGGCGCAACUUCACGCUUCCCCAGGUUAAACACGCCCUCGGAAAGGGUAUCAACGUCGGUGAUGACAUCGCAGAGUUGCUGUACAACUUUGCGCUGACGACGAACCCCGGCCCGAACACCACGACUUGGGGUCUCGAUACGCUCGGCAACCACAACAUUUUGGAGCAUGACGCAAGUCUGAGUCGCUCAGACAAGUACUUUAAUGACGAUGCCGUCUCCUUCAAUCACACCAUAUACGACCAAACCCGUUCCUACUGGACAGACGACCUCAUCGACAUCCAAAUGGCCGCCAACGCACGUCUCGCCCGUAUGAUCGACUCGGUGAAGUACAACCCUAAGUUCGCUUUGUCAGAGCUGGCCGCGGACUUCAGCGCGGGUGAAGGCGCUGGGUACAUGCUCGUCUUUGGCAACAAGACCGAGAAGACAGCGAGGCGAGAUCUCGUGGAAUACUUCUUCGAGAACGAGCGCUUGCCGACGGAGCUGGGCUGGAAGGCCCCUGACGAGGUGAUUAGCCUGGACGAUCUCAUGGGUUUCUCUGCAGACAUCUACAGUGCGACUUCAUACGACGCUCUGGAGACGAAGGAAGCCAUGAUGCGCAGGAAUGGCAUGGUGGGCAAGGUCUUCUAG